AUGGCUGAUCAGGCGCAAUUCUCUGUGCGCGGCGGCGCGUCUCAUUCGCGCUCAAUCGGCAUCACGCAGCGUGCCACUCCGCUAGCUUUGGCCUGGACCGGCGAUCAACGGGUGCGAUUCUCCGACUUUCAAGUCAAUGAGAUUGGCAAGGAUGGCAAAGUCGUUCACCUGUCCCACAUCGGAGCAGCCAACGGACAGGCACAAGCUUCCGAAGCAUCUCGCACGGAAAAAGACACUCCCGAGAGCACCAAAUGCGUCGAGCCCGCCCAAGAGGAACAAACCAAGGAGGUAUCCCCGGAGGACGUGGCUAUCCUCUCAGGCUUGGCUGGUGACAAGUUCGCCAACGACCUGGUGCAGUUCUACCAGGGCGGUAGCGGCACAGACGGAGAAAAGACCACCUCAGUCAUGUCGGAACCCAUGGAUGACAAGUCCAAGCGGGCCCAGAUACACGGCGAAGUUCGCCGCAUCUUCAAGUCCACGAUAGAAACCAGCACAGACGCAUCGGGAGCCAUACUCGCCACGAGAGUGUCGUUGAGAAAGGGUAAGAAGAGGGGCCGCGGAGCUCGUGAGCUGAGGGAAGAUAAACCCACCGGUGAAUACCUUCAUUUCACAAUCUACAAGGAUAACCGCGACACCAUGGAUGCCGUGAACCAGAUCGCACGUGUUCUACGCAUCAAGCCUCAAUCAGUCGGGUACGCCGGAACCAAAGACCGACGCGCAUCGACGGCCCAGCGAUGCUCCGUGCGGCACGUCCGGCAGCGAGCCCUGGCUGGCUGCAGCUCCAAGCUCUGGGGCAUAGAGACGGGCGACUAUGAAUACCGAGACGAGUCGAUCAAUCUCGGCCAGCUUCUGGGCAACGAGUUCGUGAUUGUGAUCAAAAACUGCAAGAUUGUGGGCGAGCCUACAGAGCGGACCCCGGCCGAGAGGCUCGAGGCGCUCAAGACACAAGUCCAGGCGGCCCUGGAUCUCAUGGCCUCCCGCGGCUGGAUCAACUACUUUGGACACCAGCGAUUCGGCACAUACCAAAUCGGGACGCACGAGAUUGGAAAGCUGAUUAUCGGAGGCAAGUGGGAAGACGCCGUCAUGGCUCUUUUAAGCUACGAUGAAGAGAUAUCUUCUCGAGCGGCCAGCGGCGAGGUGCCCGCCGAGGCCGUCAAAAGGGAUCAGUACGCGCGCCAUCACGCCUGCAUGCUGUUCAAGACGGGCCAGGACCCGGAAAAGGCGGCCAAAAUCAUGCCCGGCAGGUUCGCGGCCGAGUCGUGCAUUGUCCGCCACCUGACAAAGCCGGGCACGGGCUCGAUGAAGGACUACGGCGGCGCGCUGACGCAUAUCACGAGGGGCCUGCGGUCCAUGUACCUCCACGCCUACCAGUCUCAUGUCUGGAACCACGCCGCAAGCCGGCGGUGGGAGCUCCACGGCGACAAGGUCGUCCAGGGCGACCUCGUGAUUGCCGAGACCGAGGCCGCUCCCCUCGUCAGUGGCCAGGACCAGGACGGCGACGACAUUGUCAACCCCGUCGAGGACGGCGACGAGCCAAGCGUGCGCGCCAGGCCCCUGACGGAGGAGGAGGCCUCGAGUGGCCGCUACACCAUCCACGACGUCGUGCUGCCGUUGCCCGGCUACGACGUCGUGUACCCGGACAACGAGAUUGGCGACUUUUAUCAAGAGUUCAUGGCUCGCGAGGAAAACGGCGGCCUGGACCCGCAUAACAUGCGGCGCCUCCGACGCGAGUUCAGCCUCCCCGGCCGGUAUCGCAAGCUCAUGAGUCGCUUCCUCGCCGCGCCCUCGGUCGACUUCCGGCUCUACUCGGACGAUGUCGAGCAGAUGCACCCCACGGACCUGGACCUCGUCCGGGCCGCCAGGAAGAGCGGUGGCAGGCGCAAGCGCGGCGACGACGACGCCGCCGCCGACGGGGGCGCCGCGAGCAAGAGGCUCAAGGUGGAUGACGCUGGGGUGGCCGAAAAAACGGACCAGCGUGCCGACAAAGAGCAGGCGGCCAAGGAAGAGGGGGAGGGGGACAAGGAGGCUCCCCCGGCUGGCGGCGCCGACGUCAAGGUUGCUGCCGUGCUCAAGUUCCAGCUCGGGAGCAGCGCCUACGCGACCGUGGUCCUGAGGGAACUCAUGGGCGACCUGCCCGACGAUACCAACGCCGAUGCCCAGGCCCAGACGGAGGCGGGGUGA